UGUGCAGUGCUGGGGGUGCUCGCAGGACCGGUUUGAAAACCACUGGUUUAUCUGAUCACUUGUUGAAUUUCGGUGGCUCAUCAGUGAAGUCUUUCUGUAUUAUUCAUGUAACUUCAGUAGGAAGUUAGUGAAAGCACUGCUGUAAAAACAUGGGAUGUUUUCUCUUUGAUCCAAACGUCUUUGGUUUAAAGGAAAUAGAUUAAAUCCUGCCCCUGAGCUGAGGUCUUGGUCACAAGCCAGCUCUAGUGUGUGAGAGAGAGGCCUUUGCGACCAACUUGCGAAAUUCACACACUCCAACACCCUUCUCAUGGAGGACAAAAAGUCUGUAAUGGACAGUUUGCGCCAAAAAGCCAAACUCUUUCGAUACUCGCGGGUUGGCAGCGACAAAAACCCCAACAAGCUAGAGGUGAGGGAAGAGCGUUUGUUGGACCAGCGGAUGAGCACAUCGGUCAUGGACGUCCUGCAGAGGAGUGGGAUGUCCUCCCUAAAAAGCCCCACCCACCAACAGCCAGCUGACCUCCGGACAUCCUCUGCCUGCAACAGUAGCCCAGACUCCCCCCUCAGUGUUACUCUGCGAAAGAGAGGGGGCGGUACCGGCCUCUCCGAUUCACUAGACUCGACCGUCUGGCUGUCCCAGGAGUCAGUCACUGAUGCCCCAUGUCAACACAACAUCUCCAAGUCCACAGAUGAGAUGGAUCAGGUGCUGCAUUUGAGGGACACACAGCUUCCUUCUUCAGAGAGCUUGACUGAGAUUGUGGACAUGAUGACAGAAUCAGCUGGAGUGAAUGAGCAUCAGAGGGGAGCUCAGAGAACGUAUCUGCUCACUGUAUGCCUGAAGGAGGGCCGUGGACUGGUCAUUAGAGACCGCUGUGGCACAAGUGAUCCGUAUGUGAAAUUCAAGCUGGACAGGAAGACCUUGUACAAAAGCAAAGUGGUGCAUAAGAAUCUCAACCCUGUCUGGAAUGAGUCCUUCUCCUUCCCGAUCCGCAGCCUGGACCAGAGACUUUUCAUCAGGGUUUACGAUCGAGAUCUGACAAUGGAUGACUUCAUGGGGUCCUGCGGUGUUGAGCUGAAUAAACUGGAACUUGAAAAGAACUGCGAGAUGGUGCUUUCAUUAGAUGACCCCAACAGCCUGGAGGACCAUAUGGGUGUCAUAGUCAUGGAUAUUUGUUUAUCUGUGAGGAAAAGCAAAAACAAAAAACACGGAAGUACAACAGAGCCUAACAAAUGUCUCACGGAGUCUAUGAAGAAGAGUCAACUCUGGACCAGGGUAUAUACCAUCACUCUGGUGGAGGGGCGGGACUUACCACUGGAUGGACAGGGGGACCUGUUUGUUCGCUUUAAACUGGGAGAUCAGAAAUAUAAAAGCAAGAGUCAUGUGAAGAAGGUCAACACACAGUGGAGAGAAAGAUUUGACUUCAUCCAGUUCCCUGAUGCAUCCAGCCUUCUAGAGAUUGAAGUGGUGGGAAAAGAGGGCCGGAGAUAUGAGGAGUGUUACGGACAGUGUGAAAUCGACUUGUCUGGGUUGCCAUUGAAUAAAUCCACAUUGUUUACACAUGAGCUGGAUCCGGGCCAAGGCAGGGUGGUGUUCGUCAUCACUCCCACUCCCUGUACUGGAGUGUCCAUCACGGAUCUCAUCGCCCCUCCGCUGGAAGAGCCUCAUGAGAGACAAAAUAUGCUGGUUAAAUAUAGUUUCAGGAACUCCCUGAAGGACUUGAGAGAUAUUGGUUUUCUUCAGGUUAAAGUGAUCAAGGCCAUGAACCUCAUGGCUGCUGAUCUAAAUGGAAAGAGUGACCCAUUUUGUGUCCUGGAAUUGAGAAACAACCGGCUGCAGACCCACACCGUAUACAAAACCCUCAACCCUGAGUGGAAUAAAGUCUUUACUUUCCCAGUAAAAGACAUUCAUGAGGUUCUGGAAGUGACCGUGUUUGAUGAGGAUGGAGACAAAGCCCCAGAUUUCUUGGGGAAGGUGGCCCUUCCUUUACUCUCAAUACGUAAUGGUCAGCAGGUUGCUUGUCCUCUAAGGAAAGAGAAUUUGGGAGGACUGUCUAAAGGAACCAUAGUCCUGGAGCUGGAAGUCAUUUACAAUUCUGUCAAAGCAAGCAUCAAGACCUUCACGCCUAGAGAACAGAAGUUUAUGGAGGACAAUGCCAAGUUUUCUAAGAAGGUUCUUUCCAGAAAUGUUAUUCGCUUGAGGAAUCUUUAUCAUGCCGUGUAUCACGUCGACCAGUUCAUCAAGAGCAGUUUUCAGUGGAGAAGUGUCCAGAGGAGCAUCAUGGCGUUUCUGGUCUUUCUUGUUACAGUGUGGUACUGGGAUUUCUACAUGCUGCCCAUGCUCAUGGUCCUUUUCAUGAUAUGGAACUACAUCCAGAUCACCUUUAAGAGAUACACCAGAGAUCCAGACACCGUGGAGUUAUAUGAAGAGGAAGAGGAAGAUGAAAAGGAAUCUGAAAGAAAAGGUCUGAUGGAGAAAAUUCACAUGGUUCAAGAGAUUGUCAUUAUGGUCCAGAACAUUCUGGAGGAGAUUGCAUGCUUUGGUGAAAGAAUAAAAAAUACGUUCAACUGGUCAGUGCCGUUCUUGUCUAAUCUGGCCUUCCUGGUUCUCAUCAUGGUUACAGUGAUCGCUUACUUUAUUCCAGUACGCUACAUUAUUUUACUUUGGGGUAUACGUAAAUUCACAAAGAGACUGCGCAGUCCAUAUGGCAUUGAAAGCAAUGAGGUGAUGGCUUUCCUUUCCAGAGUGCCUUCAGAUGUCCAACUGGCACAGUACACUGAACUGAGCACCUGUAGUGCUCACAGUCUUUACAGGAGAAGAAGAGCAUCUCCAUAGACACUAGAAUGAAAAAGCUGGUCUCCUGAGAACAUUCUGUGUUCUGGAAUGAUUUCUACAUGUACUUUAGAAGGUGAAUUGCAGUUGAAAUCAUCCCCAUCAGAUGGUCCGGUCUUUACUGCUGGGUCGUGCUGAAGCACUGUGCUUAACACAGACACAUAUUAACACUCCGUACAGCUGCAGCUAUGUUGCAUUGAGGAAUGAGGAAAUAUGACCAAGAUAAACUGUAUGGUUAAAGUAUGUAUCUACAGAUGCAAUGGCUAAACAACACAUCAUGUACAGUACAAGUGCAAUACAGUGUAAAGCUUUGCUAUUUUAUACUUGAUGCAUUUCUUUUUGUCUAAUCAGAGUUGGAAAAAUGUUUUGUAAAGGAGUUUGUAAAGUCUAAUUCUAAACAAGCUACUUAUUUUUUUUAGGUUUAUUUUUAUUUUGUACACAGAUUUUUUUUAAAGACUUUUUAAUAUAUGGUUUACAUUUUAAUUAUUGCAGAGAAAAAAAAUCACAAUGAAUAUAUUUUAAAGUGCCUUUGACAGGAGAAUGUAGUUUUUUUUUUUACACCUAGAGUUUAUCAAAGUUUGCCUUUUUGUGCAAUAUAAGGUUCUAGACAUGGCUUUGCUGCUUAAGAGUGGUAAUUGUAGAUUUUUUAAAAAAAUGCAAUACACUUAAUUACAGAUGUUGUCAAAUGAGUAUUUUUGCACUCUUUGAUAUGUUGAGAAUAUGCAUUUCUGUUUUGUAUCAUAACCAUUUCUCAGUAAACAUUUACUACAUUUGA